UUUAUUUAAUGUUUGGGUAACAAAAGAUUUAAUGCAGAGCCAGAGAGAAGCAAUAGCCAGGACACAGCUUCUGCUCUCCAGUUUGGCAAGUUCAUCGCAGUCUUUGCUGGAGCAGUCAGAGCGAAGUCUUGGAGAGUUGAUCCGCAGCAGUGCUGAAGCUGGAUAUUGCACAGAGAUCCAGGAUCUUCAGACACUGGGGGCUUGUGAGGGCGAAUAUGACCAGCAGUAUGAGACGCUCUUCCCUCUUGGAAAAGGCGCUUUUGGCUUUGUAUGGUCCGCUAAACACAGGGAUGAUGCAAAGGAGGUUGUAGUAAAAUUUAUUCGCAAAGAUCGAGUGCUUGAUGACUGUUGGGUGCAGGAUGCUGAACUCGGGAGGGUAACACAGGAGAUCUCUAUUCUGUCCAGGUUACAGCACCCCAAUAUUAUCAAGGUUCUGGGGGUGUUUGAGAAUGACACAUUUCUUUCAGCUAGUGAUGGAGCUACAUGGAGAUGCUCUUGAUCUCUUUGACUUUAUUGACAAUCAACCAAAUUUAGAUGAACCACUUGCCAGCUACAUUUUUCGACAGUUGGUAUCAGCAGUGGGGUAUCUACACAGCCACUAUAUUUUGCAUCGUGACAUAAAAGAUGAGAACAUUAUCAUUGCCCCUGACUUUACUAUAAAACUGGUUGACUUUGGCUCUGCAGCUCGUUUACAGCCUGGAAAGUUGUUUUCUACCUUUUGUGGUACCACUGAAUACUGUGCACCAGAGGUGCUGCUUGGCAAUCCGUAUCCUGGUCCAGAGCUGGAAAUGUGGUCUCUAGGUGUAACGCUCUAUACCCUCAUUUUUGGAGAGAAUCCUUUCUGUGAAGUAGAAGAGAUUUUAGAGGCUGAAUUGAACCCUCCAUUUACUGUAUCCCAAGAAUUGCAAGACCUGAUUUCUGGUCUUCUUCAUCGUGAUCCUGAGAUGCGCAUGACUCUUGAUGAGCUUCUCAGAGACCUGUGGGUGACACAGCCUGUAAACCUUGCUGAAUAUACCUGGGAGGAGGUGUAUCCUCCUGCUAGCUCCCAGAAAGAUGAAGGAUUUGAACAGUUUCCGGUCAGUUACAGCACUGAAUGGAAUGGAGAUUUGGGGAAUCGAAAAGACUGA